GGGGGAUAAAUUGACGGAUCUGGCAACCAAUUCCUGCCGUUGAAAGUCUGCAUUGGUCUGUACGUCUGCUGCCGCAGUUUUUAGCGUUUUAGUUCCUGCAGAAGUAUAACUGUAAGCUAACUAUGGCAGGGAAGAAGGCGUUGGUAAUCCUGUCUAAAGGUGCAGAGGAGAUGGAAACUGUUAUUCCUGUGGAUAUAAUGCGCAGAGCCGGGAUUACAGUCACAGUUGCAGGUCUGACGGGGAAAGAGCCAGUCCAGUGCAGCAGAAACAUUGCCAUCUGUCCUGAUACAAGUUUGGAGGAAGCCAGCAAACAGGGCCCAUAUGAUGUGGUUGUCUUGCCAGGAGGAAUGCCAGGUGCUCAGAAUCUGGCAGAGUCGCCUGCUGUGAAGGAGGUGCUGAAGGAUCAAGACAGCAGAAACGGCCUGAUUGCAGCCAUCUGUGCAGGCCCUACUGCUCUCCUGGCCCAUGGCGUCGGCUACGGCCGCACAGUAACCACACAUCCUGCCAUGAAGGAGAAGAUGAUGGCUGGAGACCACUAUAAAUAUUCAGAGGCUCGAGUGCAGAAGGAUGGACAUUACAUCACCAGCCGUGGGCCAGGAACCAGCUUUGAGUUUGCCCUGGCGAUUGUGGAAGAAGUUAUGGGGGGUGACUUUGCAGCUCAAGUCAAAGCUCCUCUUAUUAUGAAAGACUAAUUUAUUUACAACUGUGCUAAAAGCACUGCCUGAUUAACAAAAAACCCACAAUACCCGAGUCAGGUCUUCUGCCACUGGACAUGAAAGUGAAACAUUUUCUUAACUAGACAUGAGGAUUUCUUUUCUAACAUGUUUUGUUUUAAAAUGUCAAAUGCACCUUAUUACAGUAAGAUGGGUACUAAAGGAAAAUCUGAAAUAAAACAACUAUUUUCACGAAUUACUUGAUUGUUUUGACCGCUACUGUUGUGCCACCUGAAAAUAAAGCAAUCUGAAGUUGCA